AUGCCGUUCUAUCUGUUUGGUCUCCUCCAGUCGCCUACUGAACAUCGUUCCGGUUUUCAACGAGUACGUCUCGACCUACGAAAAGUACACCUUCUGCUUCCACUUCAAAAACAGGGAUGUCAGAAUUUGGUUGAGAUUACCAGGAAUAGACAAGACAUUCGAGUGAUUCCCUCAGAGGCACGUUUUCGUGCAGGAGAUUUAUUUCAGAGAUAUUGCGAAGAUCUUGGUGAACAUUUAGCAGACAUAAAGUCAGAGGCGGAGGAAACAUUUCUAGAGAGAUUUUCACGAAAACAGUACAAGGACUUUGAGUGUAAAGCUUAUCACUUAGAUAAAGAUUCAAACAACUGUGUUCGGGUAUUUGUAUUUAGUAUGUUGUUUCCAGGAUACAAUGAAGGCUUCUGGCUAGGUGCAACAGACGUUGAAAGUGAGGGAACAUUUGUCUGGAGGGAUGGAACUAAUGUUUCUGAUUUUUACGUCAACUGGGGGCCUUCACAACCGAAUAAUGCUAAUGGAAUAGAACACUGUUUGAAGACUGUGAAAACAGACGACGAGUGGAAAUGGCGUGAUGGGAAAUGUCAAAGAAAACUGUUCAGUUUAUGUGAAUUCGACUAA